CAAACAAAAGAUGGUUGUCCCAAAUAUCGCCUAAAUCGGGCUUGUUUUCUCCUAAAUAACAAUGAAUAACGUUGAUAAUAAUUACUGCCGUCUGUGCGCAGAGCUGAAGCCUUCCAAGAAGCUGCUUAACCUCCAAACUGACGACGAAAAACGACGGGAAAUGAUAGAAAAGUUGACCAGAGUAAACGCUAGCACAGAUUUGUCUGAAGAUAUCUUGCCAAAAACUGUUUGUUUUGUGUGUUUAUUCUCAUUGGAUCGCGCUUUCGAGUUCGUCGUAGCCAUAGAACAGGCUCAAACCGUUCUAAACAACAUAUUUAUCGCCCAACAAACUAAAAAAGAGGUAGAAGAAAGCUGCUCUGAUGAGGAUUAUUACGAUGUACCUGAUGAUGUUAAGGUUGAAAAUUUGGAUGUAAAGCAAGAGGAGAAGGAAGAAUUGGAGACGCUGAAGAAGUUAGGGAUAGAGUACGAGGCUAGACCACAGGAGAAAAAGUAUAGUCCUAAAGACUUAAGUCUAGAUACAAUACCGCUUUCACAACUCAAACUAACUUGGAAGGAUUACAGUUGGACGUGUUCGUACUGUGAAACCCAAUUCGCAACAAUAGACGAGCUUAGAACCCAUUCCAUACAGUAUCACGACUAUUGCAAUGCAUUCCGUUGCACCGAUUGCAAAAUUCGAAAACUACGCUUAGAUAGUUUCUUAAUUCAUGUCAAACGACAUCGGAAAUACCUUAAAUUGUCUUGUUAUAAGUGCCAUAAACGAUUUUCGAGUCCUCGCGAAGUUAACAUUCAUGUUUCGAAACACAAAAGUACGGAGCAUUUUUGUCCUGGUUGUAACACAUGUUUUACUACGUCUGAAGAGUUGAAUUUGCACACAAGUACAUAUUACCAAUCUAGGAAGUCUAGACCGAUACCACAAGUGCCUAGAGCACCGGAUGAUUUGUCUUGUUACCUUUGUAAAAAAACUUUCAAAUACCGUGGUAGCUUAAACACACAUUUACUCAUACAUACAGACAGAAAACGGGACCAUACAUGUGACAAAUGUGGCAAAUGCUUCCUUAACAAGCAGAAUUUAGCUGGUCAUAUGAUUUUACAUGACAAUGUACGUCCAUUCCAAUGUGAGAUUUGCAAAGCAUCAUUCAAAACUCACGGUCAACUUAGAAAUCACGUUGGAGUUCACGAUAAUCGGAAGCCAUUUGCAUGUGAACAAUGUGGACGGUGUUUCCGUCUUCAAAAGCAACUAACUUCGCACAGUAUUAUCCACACAGAUGCAUUACCACACAUUUGCACAUACUGCAAUAAAGGAUUCCGUUUCAAAACCAUUCUAAACCAACACUUACGUCAACACACUGGUGUGAAGCCGUAUUCUUGUGAAGUAUGUCAAAGGGACUUUACGAAUUGGCCUAAUUAUAACAAACAUAUGAAGAGACGGCAUGGCAUGGAUAUGGCAAAGAAGAAGCAUACUCCGGAGGGGGUGUAUCCUAUAGACCCGACAACCGGUGAGAUUAUAAUGCACAUGGAAACAAGUAAAAUGAUAGAAUGGAAGCAGAAAAUGAUGAGUCAGAGAAGACCGGGAAGGCCAAAGUUAAAUGUGAAACUUGAAGACAAAAAUAUGGUUCAGAAUGAAAAACCAACAGAAACUGUCAGUUAAACGUAAUAAUAGUCAAAAUAAUUUAUUUCAUAAACUUUGUUUUAUAAACAUUUUUGUAUAAUUUUAAUAAUUAUUAUGAUAAUUUAAUAAAUAAUAUGUAUGAAGUAAAGAUACGGUCAUAAAGUAGGUUAAGAUUCAGAAUAAGGCAAUCUGUUUCACUGUACUUAUUUUGUAUGACAUAUAAACUUAAGUAUAGAUUGUUUUUUAUUAUAUUAAAAACGUACAAAUACCGUAUUUUGUAUUAGAAAUACAUACUUUAAAAUUAAUUUUGUUAAUUAUU